UGGAAGCUCCGGGGAGGAGCCUGAGCGUCUGCCGCUGUCUCAGUUCUGCCAGCAAUCGUGUCCAGUCUCUGAUUAUUGUUGUACCGCCGUUGGUACGCCGCGGUACUACGGAGACCAGUCGUUCGCCUGCCCAGCAGGAGUAGCCGCUGACUAGAGCGGCAGCGGGGAAUGGAAGCGGAGAACGCGGGCAGAUGUGCAAACUGGGACACAGAGGUUAAGGAACUUGAGCAGAGCUGAAAUUUGAACGCAGGCAAUGUGGCCCAAAGUCUGCCUCCCUGACAACUGUGCCACAUAUCACUUCUCUGUGGGCAAGACGAAGACGGACUGAUGGCAGUCCAGUUAGGUGGAAUCAAAGCUGGUUUACUGCCGAAAGAAUCGAGGGCAGGCUGAAGAGAGGUCUAUAUUGAUGUGCCUUGUCGUUCUACCCCAACUUGCUCUUUUCAGCAAUUUAACAACUUCCGGUGCUGUUGGAAUGCUGAUAAACUUGUGAAUGACCCAACUCUGGAAGAAGUUUGUGGAAUUGGUAGUUGAAAUCAGAAUCCAUAUCCUAACAGCUGGAGUGUUGAAUCAUCUUUUACCAAAAGAGGCACAGUUCUGUGCUGAGGUGCAGAAGUAUCAGUGAUGUGAGGGAGAGCUACUCCCUUCAGCAAGCUCAAGCUUUUUAUACAUUCCCAUUUCAACAAAUGAUGGCUGAAGCUCCUGAUAUGAAUGUUAUGGACGAACAGCAAAUGCCAGCGGAAGUUCCAGAACCAGUGCCUGCUCAGGAACCUGUACAAGAGACUCCAAAAGGAAGGAAAAGAAAACCCAGAGCAACGGCACCAAAAAAACCAGUAGAACCCAAAAAGCCUGUUGAGGCCAAAAAAUCUGGCAAGUCCACAAAAUCAAAAGAAAAGCAAGAAAAAAUUACGGACACAUUUAAAGUGAAAAGAAAGGUAGACCGUUUUAAUGGUGUUUCAGAAGCUGAACUUCUAACCAAGACCCUCCCGGACAUUUUGACUUUCAAUCUGGACAUUGUGAUUAUUGGCAUAAACCCGGGACUAAUGGCAGCUUACAAAGGGCAUCAUUACCCUGGACCUGGAAACCAUUUUUGGAAGUGUCUGUUUAUGUCAGGCCUGAGUGAGGUCCAGCUGAACCAUAUGGAUGAUCACACUUUACCAGGAAAGUAUGGUAUUGGAUUUACCAAUAUGGUGGAAAGGACAACACCAGGCAGCAAAGAUCUGUCCAGUAAAGAAUUCCGUGAAGGAGGACGUAUUCUAGUGCAGAAAUUACAGAAAUAUCAGCCACGAAUAGCAGUGUUUAAUGGAAAAUGUAUUUAUGAAAUUUUUAGUAAAGAAGUUUUUGGAGUUAAGGUUAAAAACUUAGAAUUUGGACUUCAACCCCAUAAGAUCCCAGACACAGAAACUCUCUGCUAUGUUAUGCCAUCAUCCAGUGCGAGAUGUGCUCAGUUUCCUCGAGCCCAGGACAAAGUUCAUUACUACAUUAAGCUGAAAGACUUACGAGAUCAAUUGAAAGGCAUCGAACGAAAUACAGACGUUCAAGAGGUGCAAUAUACAUUUGAUCUACAGCUGGCCCAAGAGGAUGCAAAGAAGAUGGCUGUUAAGGAAGAAAAAUACGAUCCAGGUUAUGAAGCAGCGUAUGGCGGUGCUUAUACUGAAAAUCCGUGCAAUAGUGACCCUUGCAGCUUCUCUUCCAAUGGGCUAACUGACAGUGGAGAAUCAACUUUCAGUGACAUUCCAAAUGGGCAGUGGAUGACCCAGUCGUUUACAGACCAGAUUCCUUCCUUUAAUAAUCACUGCGGGACUCAAGAACAGGAAGAAGGAAACCAUGCUUAAGACUGGUGUUUCUCAGCUCUACCUAAAUGCUGCAGUUUUAAUGCAGUAGUCAAGAAGGGGCUAACUGAAGCAUUUUAUUAGUAUUUUAUUCUGGUGAUAUAAUCAUAUUAUGGUUGUGUGGUAGAAUCAACUGUAUGAACCUGAGUAAGCUUGGAAGAAAAAAAGCACGGUUUUUUGUGUAUGAGUUUUGUAUUUGAAUUAACCACCAUUCCAGCUUUUUAUAAAGUAUAUUUCAUUAUGAAGAAAUUGAUUUUCUUUUGGGAGUCACUUUUAAUCUGUAAUUUUAAAACGUAACUGUCCGAAUAUUUAUACUUGAUUAUGAACUGUGCAUAAACCCAGAUAUACCAUUAUUCCUUUUAUGCCUAAGAAGGGCAUGCUAAUAAUAAUUAGCACCGGUCAAGAGGCAGAUGUGUUGAAUUCUAUAUGUGAAGCUAACCCCCAGGGGAGUCCCAUGUGGUGCUGUCUAGCGGUGUUUGACGGGCUCCCUGAGGCGUACUCACCCUCAGACCCCUUGGCCUCACCAGCAGGGAGGGUUUGGGAGAGUUGCUCAGCCGUAGAAAUGUCAAGUGUGGCCUCACCCAGCCUUCUCUGACAGGGCGCUGAGCCCUGCCUUUGGCCUCCUCACCCCUGCGUGUUAAUCCUCUAGUAUAGGCAGAAACUGCCCUGCUGGAAUGGUAAAUUCCAGAGAAUGCAGUAGACCUUUUAAAGUUUGUUAUUUCUUCUGUGUUUUACUUGAGAGACAUACAUUUGAUAGGGAAGGAACUGAAUUUUUCUUACGGUAUCUAGCACCUCCUUGGCUUUAAGGGCGUAACAUGGAAAGUGGUGAGAAAUGAACUCAGGCUGAGCAACAAGAAGCUGGGGUGUUUGAUAAUCUUAUUUAAGCUGGUGCUUUAUGUACGUGAGAUGUAUUAAAAUAACAGAAUUUUUCUUGCUAUGUGAAUCUAAUAAGCUGUCACUUAAAAAAUUUUCUCUGCGUCAUUGCUGUCUGUUACUGUGGACUUAAGUGAGCCUCGUGGCAGGGUUAGUUUGAAGUAACGUACUUGUGUGAUUUUCUAAUGCCUUUUCCAUGGUGCUACAGAUAGUCCAGACUACUAGGCCUGGUGGAUAGUAAAGCUGGGUAUUCAGAAAUGCCAUUUGCAAUUAACUCCUGGUCACUUCUGAAUAUCCUGAUUUCAUACAUACCCAGGGGGCAUGCUGUUUUUCAAUAUGAAAAUAUUUAUGAGGUGUUUUUUUUUUUUCUAAGAGAUUAUAUGGCUUGUUCUUCUCUAUAUGAUAAGAGAAACAAAUUCUUGUGAAUCUUAACAUACUUUUUAGCUGUGGCUAUGAUGGAUUUUAUAUUUCUUUUAGUCUAGGUCAAGCUGUGUAAAAGUCAUUCAUGUUAUUUAACUCAUGUACUGUACUGCUGUUUACAUGGAUGUUUCAUGCGGGUGCUUUGAAGUGCCUUGCAUCAGGGAUUAGGAACAAUUGAAUUAUUUUUUCAUGGGACUAUGUAAAGCAUGGAAGUAGGAAUUGCUUUGGUAUAUAAUGAUUGUAGCUUUACAAUAGAUUUUUUUUUUUUUAAUCUGACUGGAGAAAAUACCCUUAAAAUUAUAAUGGACCCUCAUUAGAGAAUGGGUUUGAGGAUUUUCCAAGCAUACAACAAUGGUGUUUUUCAUUACAUUUGACAGAUGAGUAGUAAACGUUGAUAUAUCCCCUAUGUGACAAUAUGAGACUUUUUCAUUAAAUAAUAUUGGAAAGGUUUUUAAAUUCAUUUGGAAGUCUGAUGGUUUUUACAAUAAAAAUACCAAGAACGAUUA